CCAUUCAAGAAUAUUAGUUUGGAGACAUGAUACCAAUUAUUCAAAUGGACCUCACAUGCCUGGCAUGCUCCUUGGCACAGAGGCAGACUGGUAAAUGACAAACCAAAGUAACAUUGGGCAUCCACAAUUCAAUUUUAUACUAUAAUUAGAUCUUAAAUUUGUGAAGGAAAGAGGAAUAUGUCCUCUAUGUUAUCCUAUGGUGUUUUUCUCUUUGUCCAUGCAUUCAAGAUCCAAUCAUAGAUUUGAAGUUAAUACAAAUGGCAGUUAUUUUUUAAUCCUUUCAGGGCUUCAUUUCCAUGUUCACAUAAAACCCAAAAACCAUUCGGUAUAAAUACUAACACAUCUACACUUGGUUGCUUCGAAUUCACAUGGCAUACCUAAACAUGCUCAAGAAAGAGCAGCAAGACCACUGCACUUCAAUCCCAAGAAUUUCCUUCUCUGAUUAUUUUGCAGAUGGCCAUCAACUGAUCAACCAUGAAAGCAACUACAGAGAACCACCCGUCUCGUCGGACUUCGAGUUCUCCACCUCCAGCUAUGGCAUGAUCUCCGCGGACGAGCUUAUCCGCAGAGGGGGGUUGCUGCCUUUGAAGGAACACUGCACCAAGAUGACCCUAAGGGAUGAACUACUUGUUGAUGAUGACUAUGAGGAUGAAUUGCCAAGGCAACCAAGGGGUUCUUCAGCUUGGUGGAAGCCGCGGACGGGUCUGAAGAGGCCUCAUCCUGUGCCCAGAAAAGGUGAUAAGAGUGAGGAUUUAUAUGCAAACAAGAAGACAGGACCCAAGUGAAGGGAAGCAAUGGAUAAGGUUCUUUUGGCGGCUGAUGCUAGCGAUCAGUUGUGGACGAUUGGUUUUGGUUGUUUUAACGCAUCAUCAUUUCUCCGGCAUCUCUAUGCAUGCCGCUGGUAGUCUUGUACAAAUGUAUUGUUAUGAAGAAUUUCAUUUAAUAA